AUGAAGCGCAUCGUAGAGGGGGAAUGUGGACGUUCAAACGACCUGGUCGGCCUUGCCAACCAAUUUGGUACUACUAAUCAACGGGUUCAAUCAAAUAUUCCUCAAGCCUCAUCAAGCCUCCUGCCCUCUUCAUCCCAGGGCGAGCUGUUUGCGAAUGAGUUUUUGCAGCAGAAAGCGCAGAGGACGGCCGCUCCGAGGUCAUUUAAUACUGGGGCCUUCCUCCACCAACGCCCAAAUUCCGCGAAGACCGCCGCCAUGGCCCAACAGUGGGGCAGCGAAUUUGCGUCAGCGCAGCAACAAAGUUUAGGAAACCAAUGGGCCAACCAGUAUCAAGCGGCAAUGCCGAGUCGCACCAUGGAAGCAGCCUGGUCUCAAGCCGUCGUCCCGGCUAACUUGCAGCAGGGCUCCUCCCACGACAGCGGCAUGUGGUCGGCCGAAUUUUUGGAUCAAGUCGAUACUUCUCUUGGCAAGACGAGGACGGACAUUUACACGGACGCCUGGGCUGAUGCGGAGGUGGAGAAGCAGUCGAGGGCGGCGGAGAUGGACCAGGCAUGGGAUGAGAUAUGGGAUAAAUCGAGGCUCGACGCCGUCCACCAGCAGUUCAGCAAGGAGACGAUCAAUGAGGAGUAUGUUCAUGAGGAAUCGAACCCAUUCUUGACCUCUGCCAAUCCGACGGAAGUUGGAGAUGAUCUGCUACAGCAGGGCGAUUUGGGAGGCGCAAUUUUGGCUUAUGAAGCUGCGACUCGUCAAGAUCCACAAGAUGCACAGGCUUGGUGCAACCUCGGGCUCUCCUUGGCGGAGAAUGAGUACGAUACCCGAGCAAUCACGGCCUUCCGGAAGUGCCUUGAUAUCAACCCGGCCAACCAGCAAGCUCUGCUUGGGCUCUCCGUUUCCCUGGCCAACGAGAAUCUGGAGAACGACGCCUUGGAAAACCUGGAAAAGUGGAUUGUGGCCCACAAUGGCGGAGAUCCGGCUACGGUAGUACGAGCGAAACCUCUCUACAGCUCGUUCCUGGAUCACAACUACUUUGGGAAGGUAGAAGAACAAUUCCUUGACGCGGCCCGUCAACAGGAAGGAGCCGGAGAUGCCGAGCUGCAAAAUGCCCUCGGCGUGCUGUACAAUUUGAACAGGAAUUUUCAUCGGGCAAUUGAUUGUAUGCGGAUGGCCGUGCAGCAUAAGCCAGAGGAUCCCCGGUUAUGGAAUCGUCUGGGAGCUACUCUGGCCAAUGGGGAUCAGACAGCUGAAGCCAUUAGUGCGUAUCGUGAAGCGCUUAGCAGGUAUCCUGCAUACGUUCGAGCCCGCUUCAACCUUGGAAUUAGCUGCAUGCACCUCUCCAGCCAUAGGGAAGCCGUUGAACACUUUGCAAUGGCCCUCGAAUCACAGAAAGGCGAGAAGGAGACAUCGAGCAUUUGGAAUACGAUGAGGUCCGCCAUCCUGCGACUACCUCUCGGAACGGGUGACGAGAUUUUACAGGCAGCGAAUUCGAGGAAUUUGGGAGAGCUCCGAAACGCCCUCCGGCGAGUCCCCGCU